AUGUCGGGAAGGAAGACUCCUAGCAAUGGGCCAGACCCCAUCUUGCUCACUCUAUUCGCUAAUCGAUUCAUGAGCGUAGCAGAAGCUAUGGGUCGGUCGUUGCAACAAACAUCGAUCAGCACCAAUAUCAAGGAACGUCUCGACUUUUCCUGUGCUCUUUUCGCUCCAGACGGCGAUCUGGUCGCAAAUGCACCCUUUAUUCCCAUCCACCUUGGCUCCAUGAGCUUUGCUGUAAAGUAUCAGAUGAACCUCUACGGAGGCUCACUCAAAGAAGGCGAUGUUCUUAUGACAAAUUCUCCUCAUGCCGGUGGAUCCCAUUUGCCAGAUAUAACUAUCAUCACGCCAGUUUUUGACUCUAAAUCAAAGGAGAUUAUAUUCUUUACUGCAUCACGCGGCCAUCAUGCAGAUAUAGGCGGCAUUCUACCUGGGUCAAUGCCACCCACGUCUGUCAACAUCUUUGAAGAAGGAGCUGAAAUCGUCAGCUUCAAGAUAGUCAAUGGAGGCAUUUUUGAUAGAGAUGGUCUGAUCGACUAUAUGGUCACAAAGCCUAGCCAGUAUCCUGGAAGCUCGGGCUGCCGCAACAUCCGCGAUGUAGAGAGUGAUUUGAAAGCGCAAAUAGCAGCGAACCACAAAGGAAUUCAAUUGAUUCAUGCUAUUGUCGACGACUAUGGACUCGAGACCGUGCAAGAAUAUAUGUACCAUAUCCGCAAUAACGCAGAAAUGUCUGUCCGAAAUCUAUUAAAGGAUGUUGCAAAGCGCGCUGGUACAAAUAUGCUAUCCGCGGUUGACUAUCUUGAUGAUGGAUCACCAAUUCAAUUAAAAGUAGAAAUUGAUGAAUCCAAUGGUUCUGCAGUGCUGGACUUUGAAGGAACUGGAUGUGAAGUCCGUGGAAAUCUCAACUCGCCAAUCUCUGUAGUCCAUUCAGCAGUAAUUUAUUGCAUGCGAGCUAUGCUUGAUCUUGAUAUUCCACUAAAUGCAGGGUGUCUCGUCCCACUUGAAAUUAAAAUUCCCCAGAAAUCUCUCUUGGCACCUUCUCGCACAGCUGCGGUUUGUGGAGGGAAUGUGCUGACUUCUCAACGUAUUGUUGAUGUCGUUCUCAAAGCCUUCCAUGCUGCGGCUGCCAGUCAGGGGUGUACGAACAACCUCACUUUCGGAGCCGGCGGCAAGGACAAAGACGGAAACAGUAUAGCGGGUUGGGGCUACUAUGAGACAAUCGCAGGUGGAUCUGGAGCAGGACCUGGCUGGCAUGGCACAGAUGGUGUCCACACUCAUAUCACGAACACUCGCAUUGGUGACGUAGAAAUUCUGGAGAGAAGAUAUCCCGUCAUGCUCCAUGAGUUUGGACUUCGCUCUGGCUCUGGAGGGGUCGGUAAAUGGCAUGGUGGGGAAGGUGUAAUCCGUUCUAUUGAAUUCCUGGAGCCAAUGCAAGUAUCUAUACUAUCUGAACGACGCACACGACAGCCAUAUGGUCUGGAAGGCGGCGGUCCCGGCGCAUUAGGGCGAAAUACCUGGAUCAAGAAGUGUCGUCAAGAAGAUGGCGACUUGGACGAAAAAUCUGAUUUACGCACACGAAACAUUAACAUUGGUGGAAAGGCUACUGUAUGGAUGGGCAAAGGCGAUCAAUUGGUGAUUGAAACCCCGGGAGGUGGUGCAUGGGGUGCCCCCGAGGGCACUGUGAAAUCCUCACACGAACACAUUAAAGCCUGGGAACCUCGUGGAUCUAUUGCUGAGCGUGCAGCUGCGCAAGCCGCUUUCUAA